GGUGAUUGUAGUCCAUCGAACGUGUCCUGAUUAGGUACGACUGAAAGAGGUGCACUGUCGAACAUCUCCUUUACUUCAAGUUCGCUCUCGCGACAUAGUCAUGCCCUCGAUUCUGAUCAUCAAUCCCAAUUCAACUGAGUCUAUAACCAAGGGCAUCGAGGCUCUGGUCAACUCGUUCAGCUUCAGCCAAACGAAGUAUGAUUACUUCACGGCGCCGUCAGGCCCGGGGAGCCUCAAUAACAUGGAGGACGUGGCCGCGAGCACAGAGCUCUGUCUACCUCACCUAGUACCCCUGCUCAACCAAUAUGACGGCUUCCUGGUCGCAUGCUACUCAGAGCAUUCGCUCGUCUCGGCCCUCAAGUCACAGCCCGCCAUCCUCGAGGGUAGAAAGCCCGUGACAGGCAUCUUCGAAGCGAGUAUCAGCGCCAGCCUGCAGCUCGUCGGUCACAAACCGCAGUUCGGCAUCAUCACAACUGGCAAGGCAUGGGAGACAAUCCUCGCGGACUCCGUGUACAAGUAUAUUGGCACCGAGUCCAGCAGCAAAUUCGCGGGCGUCGAGGCGACGGGAAUGAGUGGGAUAGACGUGCACAAUGGGCCCGCUGCUGAGGUCGAGCGACGCGUGAUUGAGGCGACGAGGAGGCUAGUGUGGAAGGGGAACGUCGGUGUCAUCUGCCUCGGCUGUGUAUGCAUGACGGGCAUGGCUGAGAUCGUCAGGGAGGUCUGUUUGGCAGAGUUGGGAGACGAAGAGGGCGGCGCGGUCACGAUUGUGGAUGGCGUGCAGGCUGGAGUUGCAUUCCUGGAGGGCGCUGUGAGGGCGCGGAACUGAGAAAUUAUUUCCUUCAUGCUGAUCUAUACCAUGAAUAUACAUUGUGCUGUAUAUCUACAUCUUGCAAUGCUGAAUAGACGGGGACCUGCGUUCGGUGG